AGUGCACGUCCGUCUACUCCGUCUAUCGACAGUUUGCGGCGUCAUCGACGGGCUGGUUUUAAGUCUAGUUUGCCACCUCGUGACCUCAUAGACGAUCAUGUGGACUGGACUUCUUAUCCUCGUACAACACGACCAUUUAAUUGAACCGAGUCCUGUAUUCUCGGAAUUUCCUCUACAGCUACUCACGUCAACUACCUGUAUCAGGUUAUUAUAUAUCUGAUGCAAAGAGGCCACGCUCUCUCUGAACGGCUUCUGAAUGUCGUCAGAGCACCUAAAUCUGUCAUGAAGAAGCCAGUCACAACACCUUGCAUAUCUGUCAUGGAUCGUUCUGAUGGCGAUCAUCCACUAUCUAAGACCCUGCUCACAGGCGCUGUCGUUCGUCUUACCCAGAUCAUUUCAAUGCCGAUCACCUCAUUGCCAGAGCGUCAACAAUGGCAUGAUAUUCCGUUCGAGAUGCCCAACUCGCGGGUGGUCUGUAUUUUGGGAUUCAGUUGUCCGUAUGCUGCCUUCCAGGCCCGGUUCAGAUGUCCUCGAUCAAUCUUGGACGGACCUCUUACAUCACCUAGCGGCGUUACAGCCAGUCACGAGCCAUGAAGUUGAUAAACCAGUAUACCUUCACCCAAUAGAUGGCCUUCCUGAUCUCAGUAGACAGAUUAAGGACAAGGGUGCCUUUCCUGACAAUAUUGGCGGAUUCAGCGAUGUAUUCAAAUGCGUCUGGGUUGGGAAGAAUAUGAGGGUUGCCGUGAAAACGAUCAGAGUUCAAGCUGAUGUUAAAGAUAGAGAGAAGAAGAGUAGGCGACUGUGCAAGGAGGCAACAAUAUGGGCUACCCUGGAAGAUGCACACAUCCUACCGCUGAUUGGACUUACAUGGGGGUUUGGUCCUCUUCCAGCCCUGGUUUGUCCAUGGGUCGAGAACGGUUCGCUGAAUUCUUACCUGGAAUUGCACAAGAAUCUCACUUUGGGGUUGAGAUUCCACAUUCUCCAAGGAUUGGUAUCAGCAGUCUCAUAUCUUCAUUCGAAGGGGGUCGUACAUGGCGACAUCACAGGAUCGAACAUACUUAUUGACAGACAAGGAGAGCCGCUUUUAGCAGAUUUUGGCCUGUCCAUCUUGGGCGUGGAGCUCACAGGAAAUUCAUACCUCACGUCCUGCAAGCCAGGGAAUGUACGAUGGGCUGCGCCAGAGUUAUUGAUCCCUCUUCAAGAUGGAUCUCCGUGCCGUGCGUGUGAAAAGAGCGAUAUUUACUCUGUUGGCUGCGUGAUGAUGCAGGUACUUUCUGGCCGCGUGCCCUACGAAAUUUGGACCGAUUUCAUGGUCAUUAGUGAGAAGUUCAAGGGCGAAGAACCUCCACGACCUCCAGAACCUCCCAUUGAUGACCGCCAUUGGGAAUUCAUGAGACGCUGCUGGCGUAAGAAGCAAGAACGAUUUGUAACAAUCAAGGAUAUAGCCGAAUUCAUCGAAAGGGAGCUAGACGACGCACGGAAGUUUGGGAAGCUGCAAGUAGUUGCCUAGUACAUACUGAGUACUAGUAUCCUUUACUGCAUUCGACUCAUAUCAGUGCUAGUUUAGUUUCGCCGGCAAUCGCGGUGAUAAUAGGCAUGGGAAUAGCACUACUAGCGAGCCGCGGCUUUCCUGACAACUUACAUAAACUGCCUCAACUUUUGAAAUGCUCCAGCCUGAGAAUCAUUCUCGACGACAAAUAUCGCAACAUAUCAUGACGCGUA